CCCGUCGUGCACGCAGUUCCCAACACUUCUCGUCAUCCUCUCUUUGGUCUCUUUAUUCUGCUGAGCGGUGCUGUUAGGAUUUCUUUUUUUCCCCUGACCACGUUCGCUAUGGGAGCAAGAGAGCUGAAGGACAGCCAGUUUCCCCAAAAUUGGUUUCUUUACUGCAGGACUUCUCAGAACCUUUAAUAUGCUAAUGUGCAUUGUGAAUCUCCAAGAGGGGGAUAUGAUAUGCAGCAUUCUUGAAUACUUCUAAUGACAGGGAGCCCACUACCUCAUAAGCUGCAGUGAGAAGAGGAGUUUGUUAUUUUAAACGGAGGCUGAAGAAACUGUAGACUUAGCAGACAUAAGAGAAAGUGGAGAAGGUGGAGGAUGGAGUUGCAGACUCUACAGGAGGCUCUUAAAGUGGAAAUUCAGGUUCACCAGAAACUGGUUGCUCAAAUGAAGCAGGAUCCACAGAUAUUUUUUCUUUCCAAUCAGAAUGCUGAUUUAAAGAAACAGCUUCAUGAACUCCAAGCCAAAAUCACAGCUUUGAGUGAGAAACAGAAAAGAGUAGUUGAACAGCUACGGAAGAACCUGAUAGUAAAGCAAGAACAACCAGACAAGUUCCAAAUACAGCCAUUGCCACAAUCGGAAAACAAACUACAAACAGCACAGCAGCAACCACUGCAGCAGCUACAGCAACAACAGCAGUACCACCACCACCACGCCCAGUCAGCUGCACCCUCUCCCAACCUGACCGCUUCACAGAAGACUGUAACUACAGCUUCUAUGAUUACCACAAAGACACUACCUCUCGUCUUGAAAGCAGCAACUGCGACCAUGCCUGCCUCUGUUGUGGGCCAGAGACCUACCAUUGCUAUGGUGACCGCCAUCAACAGUCAGAAGGCUGUGCUCAGCACUGAUGUGCAGACCACACCGGUCAACCUCCAGACGUCUAGUAAGGUCACUGGGCCUGGGGCAGAGGCUGUCCAAAUUGUGGCAAAAAACACAGUCACUCUGCAGGUUCAGGCAACACCUCCUCAGCCCAUCAAAGUACCACAGUUUAUCCCCCCUCCUCGACUCACUCCACGUCCAAACUUUCUUCCACAGGUUCGACCCAAGCCUGUGGCCCAGAAUAACAUUCCUAUUGCCCCAGCACCUCCUCCCAUGCUUGCAGCUCCUCAACUUAUCCAGAGGCCUGUCAUGCUGACCAAGUUCACCCCCACGACCCUCCCUACCUCCCAGAAUUCCAUCCAUCCCGUCCGUGUCGUCAAUGGGCAGACUGCAACCAUAGCCAAAACGUUCCCUAUGGCCCAGCUCACCAGCAUUGUGAUAGCUACUCCAGGGACCAGACUCGCUGGACCUCAGACUGUACAGCUUAGCAAGCCAAGCCUUGAAAAACAGACAAUUAAAUCCCACACGGAAACAGAUGAGAAACAAACAGAGAGCCGUACCAUCACUCCACCUGCUGCACCCAAACCAAAACGGGAGGAGAACCCUCAGAAACUUGCCUUCAUGGUGUCUCUAGGAUUGGUAACACAUGACCAUCUAGAAGAAAUCCAAAGCAAGAGGCAAGAGCGAAAAAGAAGAACAACAGCCAAUCCAGUAUACAGUGGAGCAGUCUUUGAGCCAGAGCGUAAGAAGAGUGCAGUCACAUACCUGAACAGUACAAUGCAUCCUGGGACCCGGAAGAGAGCCAAUGAGGAACACUGGCCAAAGGUAUGUAAGAUCAUUUUUCCCCCUUUCUUUCCCUCCCCCUUUUUCCCUUUUGUUCCCUUCUCUUGGUAUAUAGGUCGUCCUCCAAAAUACAAUGCAGUGCUGGGGUUUGGAGCCCUUACCCCAACAUCCCCCCCAUCCAGUCAUCCUGACUCCCCUGAAAAUGAAAAGACAGAGACCACAUUCACUUUCCCUGCACCUGUUCAGCCUGUGUCCCUGCCCAGCCCCACCUCCACAGACGGUGAUAUCCAUGAGGAUUUUUGCAGCGUUUGCAGAAAAAGUGGCCAGUUGCUUAUGUGUGACACGUGUUCCCGUGUGUAUCAUCUGGACUGCUUAGACCCUCCUCUGAAAACGAUUCCCAAGGGCAUGUGGAUCUGUCCCAGAUGUCAGGACCAGAUGCUGAAGAAGGAAGAAGCAAUUCCAUGGCCCGGAACUUUAGCAAUUGUUCAUUCCUAUAUCGCCUACAAAGCAGCAAAAGAAGAAGAGAAACAGAAAUUACUUAAAUGGAGUUCAGACUUAAAACAAGAGCGAGAACAACUAGAGCAGAAGGUGAAACAGCUCAGCAAUUCUAUAAGUAAAUGCAUGGAAAUGAAGAACACCAUCCUGGCCCGGCAGAAGGAGAUGCACAGCUCCCUGGAGAAGGUAAAACAGCUGAUCCGCCUCAUCCACGGCAUCGACCUCUCCAAACCCGUAGACUCUGAGGCCACUGUGGGGGCCGUGUCCAACGGCCCGGACUGCACCCCCCCUGCCAUUGCCGCCACCUCCACGCCGGCCCACUCCCCCUCCUCCCAGAGCUGCACAGCGAACUGUACCCAGGGGGAUGAGACUAAAUAACAGAGCCCCGCGAGGAGAAGCCACGGGAUCCCGGCGGCAAGGAGAGCAAAAACACUGAAGACUCUAGAAAAGCAAAGCCGGAUUUCUUCUGGAAAGUACAGAAUUCUUUUGGUUCUUUGGUUCCAGAGAGAGAGAAGAUGCUUGUGCCAGGUGGCACCAGAGUUUGCCAAUUGAUCCUUCUUGUUCUGUGUGUACAUGCAAAGAUUGGACCAUGUUACAUGAAAUAGUGCCAGCUGGAGGUUCUUUGCCAGCAUCAUGCCAAGUGAAAUAAUAUAUUUACUCUCUCUAUUAUACACCAGUGUGUGCCUGCAGCAGCCUCCACAGCCACCAUGGGUUUGUUUCUGUUUUGUUGGGUGGGGAGCAGGGACGGGCGGAGGGAGGAGAGCAGGUUUCAGACCCUUAUUUGCGGAGCCGUUUGUUUAGGUAGAGAAGACGAGUCCAAAGAGUGUGUGGGCUUUCCUGUUUCUAAACUUUCACUACUAUAAAACCAAAAAAAAAAAAAAAAAAAAAAAGGAAA